AUGGCGGUGCGGCGGCAGCUGCAGCAGAUAUUCCAGGACCCGCGGGUUGUCGGGACCAUCGUGGUGGAGCAGGCGUCCGCUUCCGCCGCCCCCGCCGCUCCCGCCUGGAAAUCGCCGACGCCGCCGUCACCGCCACCGCCGUCACCGCUGCCGCCGCCGUCACCCCCGCCGCCUUCGUCUUCCUUCCCGCCGGCUGCGGUGCCGGCGUCGCCGCCGCGGCAGCAGGGUCCUCUGCCGGAGGAGUGCGCCGUGUUCCACUGCCGCAGCUGCUGGACGGUGCUGGGGGACUCGCUGCAGCUGUGCGCGCAGGAGCCGCCGGGACUCAGCGUCGUCAUCUGCUUCAAGGUCACCAGCGAUGUGACCUGGGAGGACUCGCUGUUGGUCGGCCUCGAGGGAGCCCUCCUGGAAUGUACUUAUUAUUUAUUAACCUGUCGGUCAUGUGGCUUGGCCGUGGGCUUCAUUCUUUAUUCUUGUGACAGUAGCCUGGCAUAUCUCCGAGGCUUGUUCUGUUUCUUCAAGGACAGCAUCAUCUGUUACCUCUUACAGAACCAAAUGAUUAUAGAAGCUUCUAAGGUGAAGUUUCCAGCUGUGACCUUAAAGGAACACAUGCAUAAGGUGAAAGAAAAGCUUGUGGACUUCAAUUGCCGCAUAGAAUUAGUGAUAAGGAAGCUGGAGAAACUGUAACAAAAUAAUUACAACCCUUCAUCAGAUCCAGGUGACCUACUAUCAGGAUAUGCAAGAGUUAAUACUAACUAAUACCUGUUUUCAAGAACUGCUGGAGUUGUUUCUGCAUCUCUGCUGAGUUUGGUCAUUAUGAAGAAAUAAUGCACCAGACCAGGUUUGAGUGUUGAUCUGUCACUUUAUCUGUGUGUGUGGAAAGAACUGAUGAUGAAGUGCAUUACUUCAGGGGAACACCUGAAAAUCUGACAUACCGAAGUUAUGCUUAGAAGACUGCAUAGCUCAGCCAUGCAGCACAUCACUCUCUGAGGCUGUGUAACUGUGACUUUGCUUUUUCUAAUGACUUAGGGGGGAAACCAGCCUUUGAAAUACUGACAUCAGGUUUCUGGAACUAUGCAAAACACAUUUAACAAGGUGAUGAUAUUCAAGAGCCACCAUUAAAGACAACAUUCUUAGAGACCUAAAGCUCUUGUCCUACCUUUCAGUACAGAGAGUGUUAAUGGCAGCCUUGGUUUUAAUGGCAGCUAGUUUUUGGUCAAGUGGCUCAUUAGCUACAUCUGAUACUUGAGCCACUGCUAAAUGGACUCCUGAAUAGUUUUGAGAUUUCCUUGUGUGUGUUGCCUGCAGAAGCAGCAGACAAGCACGUCACAGAUGCUGCAGUGUUCUUAGUGCAUGAGUCUGGAUGGCACCAUGCAGGCAGAACAUAAGGUUUUAGAUUUCAGGUAAAGGGCAACCCAUGUGCCUGCCAAGUCUGCUGAAGUGCAGCCCCAGGAACAGGACUGAGGCAAAUUCUGCCAGCUAACAGCACGAACAACUUCCUUGAACAGAUUUGAGCAUUUCUUUCUGGAAUGUCAACUAUGAAACCAAGGAAUGGUCUUCUGCACAAUCGUGGAAGCACUGCUUUCCGAAGUUAUGAUUUGCCUGUCGCCUUCAAUUGGCCAGUUAAGAUGUUUUAUAAAAAAUACCUACUCCUGGCUCAUUGGCAUUUCUCUGUUGAAUAUUGGUUAUGCAUAUUUCCAAACAUUUAGAAAAUAAUUUUACAGAAAAAAAAGUACUAUUUACUGGGACAGAAUUUCCCUAGUUCUUUGUUGGAAGAUUAAGGGCCCUUUUCUUCUCCCUUUGCUCCUUAAAGGGCUAAUGUUUUUCCCUAAAGGAAUAAUGAAUUCUAUGUAAAGUUUAGUAGUUGUCUGUAGUGGUCUAGAGAGGAUUCUAUUUACUUGAUCAGCUUAAUUCCAGUGAUUCAAAUUGCCUUCUCCUUCCAUAUUUAUGACUGGAAGGUUGUAGACCUCAUUGCUACUGCUGCCAGUUCUGUGUUUUGUCUUAUUUGUAAAAUAACUCAUAAUGGGCUUGGAGCAGAGGGGACAAAACUCACUGUAAAGCACCUCAGAGGUUUUAGGUGGGAAGCUGGUACUUAGGCUACUACUAAUGCUCACUGUGUUGCUUUCUUUUGGGAGUUCUGUAUGGUCUCAGUUCAUUGUGGUAAGCAAAAGCACCAACAGCUAUUCUGUAAGGAGAGGAGGGACUCUCACAAAUACCACCUUUGAAGUACUUCCUUAGUGCUUGUAUUGUUGCAUGAGUCUAAGAAAUGUGAUUGAUAAUGGGAGUAUUUGCUUUUGCCCUUUCAUUCCAGUUUCUGCAUUGAGACUGUUUCUUGCUAUUUUACGUCUAUACUAUGAAUUAUGCUAAAUUGUUUUGCUUCACUAGUGUUGAGCCCUAAAAGAAAAUGAAGUUACAUUUCAGUUACAUUUUUAUGUUAUAUUUAAAGUUGUGAAGAAGAAACUUCUUAAAUAAAAGCUGGAAUUCAGAAAUUCAUGUUGUGCAAGUCAUUGCCAUUAUGUGAGUCCUAGGCCUACUUUUCCUUUGAUU